AUGAGCAGUUCCGAUCAAGCCAACGGCUCCGCACAGGCAGAAGCAGAAGCUCCCCACAGUCCUCCCCAUGAGGGUUACCAAGGCCUGCCAAUAGGGUCUUACACGGAUCAGAAACUGCGCCAUGCCUCCGCUAAUCACUUGCAUAUGACAAGCCGCCGUUUUUUCAUCGGUCCGAUUCCAGAGGGUUGGAUCCAUGGUCACCGCAAAUCCUGGUACAAAUCGAGACUCCGCUUCAAGAACUAUACCUCACAGACCCUGUCCUUUUCGGUGGACCCAAUUUCAUCUCAUUAUACCCAAAGAUCCCUGGGAACUGAUCACCCGACGGGUCAAGCGGAGCCCUCGUCGGCUCCUGCCGGGGCGAGGGAGGAGGAAGAGGUUGCUCUUACCUUCACACACACCAAUAUUGAUCCCACGGACGAGGACGAAAGCGAAGAACAACUGCAGGAGCCGGACGAGGAACCACCAGGAGAACUCCGCACAUUGACUCACCCCGAGCUAGAGUCGGGAGAAAUAACUAGUAGCACGGACAAUGACGAUGACUACACAUCCGAACAUCAGGAGCAAGAUGAAGAAGACUCGGAUCGGACACCACGGCCAAAUGUCAGGUCGAUUGCUAGUACAUCACAUGGGGUUUACGACAGUGGAGACGCUUCAACAUCGUUCGUUACGGCCAGGGAAGACGCCUCUAGCUUUGCAACCUCUAACGCGUCUACGUCGACUAUCCAUGUAGCUCACUCGCAGCCUAGCCAGCGACCGGUGUCAUCAAAUUCACGAAACUUGAGCGUUGCCGGUCCGAGUCAGCAGAGUACAAUGGUAUCGACCGCUUCUGCGGGAGCCAGUGAAGCAGACUCGACAACACACCUGAUAAAGGCUAGGCCUAAGCCCCAGAAAAGGUUCAAAAGCGAGCGUUCUGGAAUCUCCCGUUUCACACUGGAGCGUCAAGAGCCCCAAAAUGAAGACGAUGCCCUACAUGAAGAUGUUCCACAAAAUGGACAUAUGCCGCGACGAUUUACCCGAAAAAUGGCCAAAUAUAACAUCAACGACAAUGUCAUGGACAAGCAAGAAAGAUUACGAUCUCGAAUUUCUAAGACAGGAGGGACAAUUGUUGCAAAUCGACCCCGCCGUCGCAAGGUACAGGAUGGCGAGAUCAUCAAAGCCGAGAGAAUGCUGGUUCUUGUCGAAGAAACACCAAAAGAGAAGCUACCAAGUGAUUACACGGAGAACGACAGCCUUCGAAUGGAAACACGGACUUUGGAUAAGUGGCGUGAGUUCUUGGUAGUCUGCAGAAAGGGCUCCACUGAGCACGCGCCAUUUUCACUGCAAAUGUAUCGGACACGCGUCAUCCCCGAUAUGUCGAAGCCGAACAGCAAGACCGCCCCCUACUAUGAGGUGCGGUUGAACCGUAAAAACACCAGCGUCAACCUUUACUCAACCUUGGACAAGACCAUCGUGGUCUGGUAUCCCCGGAAGCGUGGAACUAAGAUCUAUAUUAUACGCCCUAAAUCGACUGCACAUGCUGCAGAGUGGUACACAUUCAUUCGGCAGGUUCUUGGUUGGCGACGUCCGACCAAACUUCCCAUCAAUGUCCCCGAUCUAGGGGUAUCUCUUAUUUUUAAAAAUCCCUUUGAACAAUUGGAGGCUCGAAUAGGGAUGAAAAAUGACGAUAGCAGACAUACUACUAUCCUCAGCCGAUCUGCGGGUGAUGAGCGGUUUGCCGCAGCAUGCAUUAUUCGAGGUUGCAUGGAAAUGCUUGAAGGUCGCCCAGAAUGGGCCGAAGUGCUGCAUGCUUGGUCCAAGACAGAGAAGAUGGGACUUGCCUGGAAGCGAUAUGAUCGUUUGGAAUGGAUCUUCGGUGUAAAUGAAGAGAACAUGUAUGGAUCAAUUGCAAUGCAGUCGUCCCACGACCUUGAGCUACGCCCCCGACACCAUUAUUCGACGGCAAUCAAGCAGUCGGGAGAGAAGGAGCAAGAGCCUCCACCAAUCGAGGGUUUCUUGAUUCGACUAACAUCUCAGAAAGGCAUGCACCAAAGGAUGAACAAAAUGUUCUUCAAGAGGUUGUAUUUCUUUACUCAAGAUCAUUACUUGCUAUUCUGCAGGCCAGCAAAGGCAUUUCCUCCAACGCCGCCAAAGUUCGCUCCCACUUGUAUGGAUGAGGAGUCGGAUAUUCCAACUUCUCGCCAAAUUUUGAACGAGAUGCCGAUGUCUUGGGAUAUCAACCCAUACCCUAUCGAAGAUGGUGAGAUCUCUUGGCUCGCCAGCGGAAACGACGAGUAUGUUCAACGACAUGACGAGGAAGCAUACGCCCAGCAACAGAGAAACGUCCACAACAUGAGCCAGGCUGAUGGAUAUAUUGAUUUAUGCCGAGUGACAGGUGUGCGCGUUGUGCAGCGUGGCAGUAGUCCUGCUGAUCCAAAUAUUGGCGAAGGGCCGGCCGUGGAUUUCCAACCCGAACCCGCUGAUUCUCGACAAGAAGAUGGUACUACCAGGGAGUUUGACGAUGGGAAAACCUUUGAAAUGACGCUAGAAAAUGGUCUCGUUAUCCGCUUGCAGGCCUAUGAUUCUUUUACACGCGACGAAUGGAUCAAUCGACUUGACGCUUUGGUCAAAUACUGGAAAAUUCGCCACGCCGACGACGCAGCCGAGCUUCAGGCCGUACGACAGCGGAAUCUCAAGCUUUUGGAGAUUGACGAGGAGAUGGAAUCAGUUGUGGGCCAAUUCGCAAAGAAAUGGGAAGUGAAAAAGGCCGAGGCAUCGCCACAUUUGCACAAUAUGUGUGCUUUGUCGGGUUGUCGAACGAUCAAGAUGUCCGGACAACUUUAUCGCAAACCUCGCCGGCAUACAACUUUUACAAAAUGCCAUGUCCUCCUCACCGCGGGCAAGCUGCUCGUCUUCCGCAGUACGCUGCGGAAAGGGAACGGUGUCGUGGUUCCACAUAUCCAUCAACAGCAUGAAACAACGAUCGACCUGGCAGACUGUUACAUCUAUUCUGGACUUGUCACGGAGAACGAUCUGUUGUAUGCCAACCAAACUUUUGACAAUAAUAACCCGGGCGUGCACGCCCUGCCACGUGCAUAUCUUUCAUCGGAUGUCUUUACCAGCCGGGAUGAGGACACCGCAAUAACAUUUGUUCUCUGGCAGCCCAUCAAGAAAAGCCUGUUUCGAGCCCAGGAAACAGGCGCCCAGGGCAAAGCCAAGCGCUCUCUGAGACAUGUGACGACCCUGGGAAAACACGGUCGAACGAUCGUUUUCAAGGCACGUAGUCGUGUUGAGAAAGACCAGUGGGUUCUGAGCAUUUCAUCUGAGAUCGAUCGACUGCAGGAAGAGAAGCCGGAAGAUAUCCGGAUUGUCUCUUAA